AUGGUCAACACCAAUCCGGGCGUCAACCCCCUCAACCACCCCAUGGUCCAGCAGGAGGUGGACAAAGAAGAUGCCAUCGACACCUUUAUCGCUUUUCUCGAGCAGGACCCCUACGCCGACUCGUACACCACCAAGCUCGCCAACGCUCUCCAGGACAUUGCCGUCAAGUACAAGGAGCUUGCUGACGACGGCGGCAUCUGGCACGAGUACUUUGAGCUGACUCUCGACAAGUUCUUGUGGGACUUGCCCAAGACUCGUGAGGAGCUGUACGAAGUAGUCAGGAAGCUCACCGAGGUGGACGUCGUCCACGAGGCUGCCAUUCGCGGAGUGCAGGUGCAGGUUGUUCCCAAGUAUCGGGACCAAGCUACUUCUACUCCUAGCUCUACCUCUAGCUCUGCGGAUGCCCAAGUCGACGCGAUCGCGAAGAGAAUCGCCGAGAACCUCCUGGCCGACGGCAACAAUGCUGGAGGCCGUAAGGUCGAGGGUGAGAAUGCGACCAUCUUCAGACUUGAGAGCGACGACACUCCGUGCACGAUUCGCGUUUACUCUGGUGAUGGUACCACCUCUACGGUUGGCCUCAUUGCGGAAGGUACCGGUCCUGCCAUCUUGACGGUCAAAGUCCACAAGGAGAACGGUGCUGCAAAGCCGUCUGAGUUACAUCAGUGUGUCCCACCGCCAGUUGAUACCUUUUGUUCCAUACCUAUCAAACCUCGCAUCUCUUCUAAACGCACUCUGUGCAACAAAUCGUGCGCUUUCAUCUCUUGUUCUCUUUCUGGUUGUUUGUUCUGGGACGACACGAUGGCGGUGAACUUUCCCAAGUUGUCAUCUGGGCAUAGGUCUGGAUCAAACAAAAUGGUGAGAGAAUUGACAUUUGACGAAAGAAACGCGUUCACCUACUUCAAUGAUCUACUCGACGGAAACGUCGAUGAACAGUUCCAGACGGAGCUCGAGCUGUCGGAUGCUCUCAAGAACUUUGCGCUCAAAUACAUUGAACUUGCGCCCGAGUUAACGGAUCAAUGCCAAAGAUGGAGUAAAUACUUUGCGAUGAGCCUCAAGAAGAUUUUGAGACACUUGCCGUCAACUUCUACCGACUUGGACAACGCACUUGCAGCUCUCAGUCGCGAGGAAGUCGCAGCCGAGGCUCGUGCCCGCGGGGUGUGCAUCCAGAUCCUACCGGAAUCUGCUGCUGCCGGCAACGACAAGACCCCGGAAGCCCCCGCCCUGCAUCAGAACAGCGACCAAAACGCCAACGGAAAACGGCCUGCCGAGAACCAAGCCAAGGACAAGGUCACUGAAGCUGAAGAUGAAGCUCACGAACGCCCAGCCAAACGUGUUAAGCACGGUGGCGAGGAUACAACGACUUCGAGCGGUUUCACCGUCAAGACUCAAGGCUCGCUCAAAUUCCGCAUCUCCGAUGACAUCGGAACCACGACCUUCAACCUCAACGGCCGCAGCCCUGCCAUCGUGACUGUCAGCGUCCAGAAGAAGGACAUCACCGCUUCUGCUUCCGCCAACGGCAACAAGGAAGCCGAGAAGGAAGAAGCAGCCUAG